AUGCUACUACGGCUCCUCAUACGGCGCGCUCGCGUUAAUGCUGACUCGUCGGGAGCCAUCCAAGAUGACGAUCGCUGUGCUUUGAGAAAGUGGGAACAGACCGUUCGUGAGAACGCCCUGCGAGCUCCUCGCCUCAUCCGGUCUUGUUCUGAGGGUUAUCGCGACUUAUUGUUCCUCUUCGUUGAUAGCUCCGACCUCGCAGGAGCCGCGGUCCUCACCUCAGCCUUUGGCAACAGGAUAGCUGCUCGCGGCUACCUGCACCAAUCCUCUAGUGUCCGGCGAUCUGCGCCUAAGUUUGAGCUCGAUUCUUUGGCUGUAUCUCUGGUAUGGGCGGCUCAGUGGCUUGCAGAGGGUUUGGAUCACAGUCCGGUUACCUCUUUGGUGGUCUUCACCGAUAAUUCCGCAAAUGUAGGUCGUCUGCGACGUCAGACUCCACUGGCGGCUUCUUCUUCGGUAAAUUUGGUGGUCAUUCGCAGGCUGCUCAUUAUCAAAAACUGCUUAUACCAUCUGGAGAAGGCGGGUAUCUCGACUAUGGUUGCCCACAUUUCUGGUUCAUGGAACAUCGCGGAUGCUGCAUCCCGUGGUAAAGUCCACUCCGAUAUUUCUGAGGAGCUAUUCCCAUUACUUCGUCAAUUCUACGACGAUGCCUCUGCUCUUACUCCUACUCAGCUAUCUCUCAUUCCUUCAGUCUUUCGCCUACCCGCCGAUUACUCCCUCUCUCAGCCCCCUACAUCAGUCACUAAAAAUAUCUCCGCGACGCCUAUUGACAGCGCGGUCUCCUACCCUACCUGUCUAACAACGGUCGAAGCCUCUAUCUCGCAUGGUCAAACGGUGUGUCGCGUCGAUCCCACUUCCUUCAGUGAGUCAGUCAUGGUACCUACUACCCUUUACGGCUACCGGCUCCUCGUAGCCGCUCUGAAAGGGUGGCAAUCGCUAAGCCUAAACCUUGCCGGCCGGGAGAUACCGAGCGGCGACGAUGAGACCCCUACUCCCCUGCGAUUAACUGUCCGGGAUGCUCAACGGCAUUACGGCGUAUCAAAGUUACUUCGUCAUCCAUUCUCCACCAUGGAUUCCGCGGAUACGGUCAUUUAUCGCUGCCGCCAAGACGUGGAUGGUCAUGUUUACGACCAAGCUGUGGUUCCUCCGACUAUGGCCCUGCUGCAGUCCACCGUGGCCAAGUCGUUCCACAACGAAGCUCAUGGUGGUGUUAAUGCUACGUAUCGCGACUUAGUUCGCCGUUACCACUGGCCCGGUAUGCGAGCCCAAGUCAGUCGCAUGGUCAAAUCCUGUGGUGUCUGCAUCAAGAAUAAACCGCGGGCCCAUGCUCUUCAAGCCUCUGGUAUCAUUCCCGCUGAGCGUAAACCAUGGCGGUCUGUCGGUAUCGACCAUUGUGGCCCUUACGAAGGUAACGGCGACCGCUCGAAGUUCUUGGUGGUCGCUACAUGCCUGCUAACUGGUUAUAUUGAGGCCGAAGUGGUCGGCUCAACCAACGCCAUUAAUCUCAUCACUGCCUGCCGUCGUAUCUUCGCUCGAGCUGGUGUUCCGAGGCGGGUCUGCUCCGAUCGAGGUCCGGCCUUCGUGAGCUCUCCUUUCCGACUAUUCCUGUCUAAACGUAACGUGCUACACCACUUGAUCCCGGCGUCAAGUCCACAGUAUGGAGGGAAAUGGGAGAGGAGCCACGGCCCGCUUAACCAGAAGAUCCGAGUGCUCCUGGCUACGCAGGUCAAACGUGACUGGCGCACUCUGGUGUCGGAAGCAGUAUCUUUGUCCAAUGCGCGCCUGCGUUGGGAUUCUAUCAGUUCUUGGGACCUGCUACACUCGUACGACUUCGAUCAGACUAAGCCCUCUUCUUGCCAUGCUUCUAACCUGCUCGAGUCUUGGAUCGAGAGACAUUGGGAGGACGACCGUGAGAAAUCGCGUCGUAGGCUGGGGGAUCGAAGUAGUACCAUCGGCAUCGGCGACCGAGUAUACCUGAGUACCCCAUCGCCUGGGAAGCUCGAUGCGUUAGCUCGCGGCCCAUAUGUUGUCGGCAGGAUAUCAGGCGACGUUUAUACCCUGCGUGAGUCCUCUACCGGUAAGGUGAUCUGUCAGCCACUACGAAACCUUAUCCCUACUACGUGCAUCGCCCCGUAA